AUUCUAUAUGGUUGUACAUAGUACCUCAUGGGAUAAGAAGCUUAAUGAAUUAUAUAAAGCAAAAGUAUGGGAACCUUCUACUUAUCAUCACUGAAAAUGGGAUGGAUGAUGCAAACAAUGCACAUAUCUCCAUAAAAGAUGCUCUAAAGGAUGAGAAAAGGAUCAAAUAUCACAAUGACCAUCUAAUGGACCUGCUGGCUGCAAUCAAGGAAGAUGGGUGCAAUGUGAGAGGGUAUUUUGUUUGGUCUUUAUUGGAUAACUGGGAGUGGGCAGCUGGAUACACUUCAAGAUUUGGUCUCUAUUUUGUUGAUUAUAAUGACAAGCUCAAGAGAUAUCCUAAGAACUCUGUCCAAUGGUUUAAAAACUUCCUGACUUCUAAUUAAAAAAUAAAGUGGAGAAAAUGAAGUUGCAGCAACCCUUCAUUUCCAAA